UGCAUAACCAGACUGCAGGUCCACACAGCGGCAGUCAGUCAGUGCAGCUUCACCCCCUCCCAACUCAUCGGUUUACCACUUCACCAUGGCAGCUCCGAAGAAAGUCUGCAUCAUCGGCUCUGGAAAUUGGGGUUCUGCCAUCGCCAAGAUAGUGGGUGCCAAUGCUGCUCAGAAUUCAAAAUUUGAUGACACUGUAAAAAUGUGGGUGUUUGAGGAGACGGUGAAUGGGCGCAAACUGACUGAAGUAAUCAACACUGACCACGAAAAUGUGAAGUACCUUCCUGGUCACAAGCUACCAGCAAAUGUGCUGGCGGUCCCGGACCUGGUGGAGGCAUCCCGCGAUGCAGACAUUUUGGUGUUUGUGAUCCCACACCAGUUUGUUGGGAAAGUGUGUGACACCAUUAAAGGCAAGAUAAAGGCUGACGCACUGGGGAUUUCCCUCAUCAAGGGUGUGGACGAGGGGCCUGAUGGACUUAAACUCAUCUCUGAUGUAAUCCAGGAGAAGCUCGGUAUCACUAUGAGUGUGCUGAUGGGGGCCAACAUUGCCAAUGAGGUUGCUGAUGAAAAGUUUUGUGAAACCACCAUUGGAAGUAAGAAUAAAAACCACGGGGCUCUCCUGAAGGAGCUCAUGCAGACCAACAACUUCCGAGUGACUGUAGUGGAGGAGCAUGAUGUGGUGGAGAUCUGUGGAGCCCUGAAGAACAUUGUUGCGGUCGGGGCAGGUUUCUGUGACGGACUGGGCUUCGGGGACAACACUAAGGCAGCGGUGAUCAGGUUGGGCCUGAUGGAGAUGAUCGCCUUUGCUCGCAUUUUCUGCACGGCCGGGCCUGUGUCCUCUGCAACCUUCUUGGAGAGCUGCGGCGUGGCUGACCUCAUCACAACCUGCUACGGCGGCCGUAACCGCAAAGUAGCCGAAGCUUUUGUGAAGACAGGGAAGUCCAUCGAGGAGCUGGAGAAAGAGAUGCUGAAUGGUCAGAAGCUGCAGGGACCAGCAACAGCAGCUGAGGUCUAUCUCAUCCUCAAGCACAAAAACUUGAUUGACAAGUUCCCACUGUUCAAUGCAGUGUAUCAGAUCUGCUACCAGGGCCAUCCAGUCACAGAGUUUAUCAGCUGUUUGCAGAACCAUCCAGAGCACAUGUAGAGAAAAAAAAAGAAAAAGAAAAACAAAGUGCCUUCUAAAUGGAGAACAUUACCACUUUUUCAUCUGUUACCUGUCAGAUAUAGACUGGUGAUGACCAACCACUCCACAGCUGUCAUGCUACGAAAUGGCUCCAGGCAGUGAGUGGAAGAUGUUGCAUGACAUUUGUGUGUGAUCAGCUCUAGUUCAACCACUUUAUCCUUAACAUUCAGUUUCUAACAUCUUUUUUUUUUUUUUUUUCUUUCAUUUCCUGACAUAUACCGAAACUUGAAGGAUAAUUGUUGAGGUGUCUUUCCUCAUGAGAUGGUCUGAUAGGUCUUUUUACCUGAGGAGGUUUUUCUUUUUUCUGAGCCAGAUGAAAUCAGAAUGCAUAGUGUCACUUCAAGAACAGCAGCCAACUCGCAACUGGAACAUCCAGACUUCACAGGAUAUCAAAAAUAUCAUAAUUAAAUUAAAUUAAAUUAGAAAAUGUUUGAUUUGACUCCUGUCUUGACUGCCCUUCAGUCACUAACAUUGCACAAUGUUUAAAUGGCAUUAAAUCAUGCAUUCAGAUUUUGACAGCCGCUCAGGGUAAAGACCUUUUGACAGCCCUCAGUAGGGGAACUUAUCCUUAUGUAACAUUUAUGUUGCCGUCCAGUGAAUGCUUGUCCAUCACCAGAAAAUAUUUAAUUAUAGAUGUAAUACCUCACCUCUUUGUGCCGUUCACGUUAUGCUCUGUCUUACAUAAUACACUAUAUUUCCUGUCUCGUACUGUAUUAACAUAAUGCCGAUCGCACAGCAACUGUUUUUAACAAAAAAUGCAAGUGCCUUAAAAAGCGCAGUUGCAAAGUCUUUUUUUUUUUUUUUUUUUCUUUUUUGUUAAACCAAAGACUUACCUCCUUAAUUUCCGUCCACUACGCCAUUUGUCACUGUGAUCCUUCCUAGUCGUGUUUUCACUCAGUUACGGCUAAUGUGUGUUGGAAAUUAUGUCAACAUUUGUCUGUGAAUAAAUUAACAAUCAUCAAA